UCAAUCAGGUUUCCCAGGCCAAGUCUUGUAAUGUUUCACAUUUCUAAAGAAAACAUCCUGACAUGCAGUAAAGCCUGCGGUUAAGCCUCUCUAUUAUUAAUUCUAUUAACCACAUAGCACAAUAAUGAGGCCUACUUGGGUAUGACAUGUACCACAAGCUUUCAGCACAAGCUCACACACUGAACUAUUAUCCAAGUGUGUGUAGAUCACCUGCAUUUUGCUCCCACUUCACCUCUUUCCUGUCUGAGGCUGCCCAAACAGAUUAGAUCGAUUAAGCGCAGGUUGUGUCAUAUUGAUCCGAGUACAGUCUGGAGGCCUGUGGUUCAAUAGCACCAUAAACAUUGAUAUGACACCACUUUAUCAGCUCUGCAUUUUUAGAGGGGUGGACGUGCAGCCGCCAUUUAAAUACAGAUUAAAUAGUGUUACCUUCCUGCUACUUUUUUCCAAUGACUCAUCAAACAAAUCUGUCCCCGGCUGCUCGUGAACGUUCUUCUGCCGCAUCCACACGCCAAGUGUCUCGUACAUUUCCACCUUAUCUUUAUAUUUACAGUUUGCACCAGGUCUGUGAGCAGAUAUCACAGCUCACACUAGUCUUCACAAGAUAGUCUUAUUACAGACAGGAAGGACGAGAAAGCUGGAAUAAUGUUUUGCAGGUCUGGUUGGGAUUAGUAAGUUAUGAAAACAGAUACAGGAAUUUCUAAUCAUAUUUGCUGUAUUACUUUGCUCCAUCUGGGGGCUCAGAUAGAUAAUGGAUAGGUACAAUAUAUAGAUUUUGCUCUUGUUUUUGUAUUUAACCCAUAUUUUAUGAGGAAUGUUCCUCUAAGUUUGGAAACUUGUUUUGCAAGAGAACCUUUAUCAUCCUAACAAUAAUAGUAAUAACAAGAACAACCUUUAAAAACCAAGCGUGUAUACAGAUGACUCAAGUCAACGUUAUUUAUAUAGCACAUUUUAAACAACAACAGUUGAACCAAAGUGCUUUCCAGAAGAGAAUUAGGUUGCUGUUACAAAUAUAUAUGCUAAUUAAUAUGAAGAUUAAGAUGCUGCAGUAUUAUUUACAAUACAAAAUACAGUGGUAUUUAUGGUGUGAUUCUACCUAAGUAAGUUACAUAUUGGGGAUUAAAUCCUACAGACAUUGCAUAAAGUACUACUUCACACCUGAGUAGAAUACAUAUUAAGGAUUAGGCCAUUUAGUGUUAUUAAUCAUGGAGAAUAACCUGACUAAUGUAAUAAUAUAGCAACGACCCCGCAAUAUUAUAAGCUACAUAACCUAAUCUGACUAAUAUAAAUAUUAAGGCUAAGACCCUUUAGCUUUAUUAGUUAUGGAGAUUAACAUCACUAAUUUAGCACUGAAGUUUUGAUCCAACAAAAACAAACAAACAAAAAAACAAAAACCCAACAAAUCCCCAGAUUCCUUGGAUUCCCUACAAACCAGCAAGUUUAAAAUUUUUUCAUUUAAAUAUGAAGAUUAAAUCCCUGCAAAACCACAAAUUUACCUGACAAAAUAAAACAUACAGGUUAAGCCCAACAAUGUUACUGGUAUCAAAUUAACCAGACUAAACAUUUAAAGGUGAACCCUGCAAUGUUAUAAAUGUUGCAUUUGUUUUUGUUUCUUUCAGACAAGUGUCAGUAUGCUAAUAAGCUCACAAUGACAGAAUGGCGAGUGUUUAGAGUAUCACAUUUUAAUUAACAAUAAACAGAAAGUAAGGACAGGGUCCAAUGGAAGUGUUGUUCGGUUUAGUCACUUUGGCUGCAGCUUAUGGCCACAUUCUGGUGUCUUAAUCCUCAUUUUUAGUGUUUGAUGUGUGUGUAGAUUAGGAUGUGUGGUUCUCUGGACAUGAUUAGUUCCCGCUGCAAAGGUGCAACCUAUUCCUAUUCCUGCCAAACCCUCUGAAGAGCCUGAUUGGAACGGCACCCAGUCUGGACCUCUGGACAAUGAUUUAUGAGUAGCUUGCCAAAACAGGGGUGGACUAACAACACAAAACAUCCUGGGAAUUGGCUGUCAAGCAACCAAAUGUGAUACACUUAAUUUGAUCUGAUAUCAAACCACUAAUCCUAUUCAGUCACAUUAUGUUAGGCUAAAAACAGUGACGCUAAAUUUCCAAGGUUAUCCUCUAGAUCCAUGUGUAGACAGAAAGCAAAAAAAAUCUAAACAGUAUUUCCACCCGACACCUAAUUUUGUUAAUAGUCUGUUUUAUCACCAGAGUUUUUUAAAGGUCCCAUGUGUUUAAAAUCCAUUUGUGUGUGCAUGUGUGUGUGUGUAUUUUGUUGUUGUUCUAAACUUAGAGGUUUAAAAUGAAAGUCGUCAAAGAUAUGAAGGCGUUUACUUUGUACAUUCUUCAAACCCCCCACUAUUAGUUUAGCCUCCCAGCUUUACAAGCCAGAAAGAAUUCGAACCAGGUGCUACGUAACACCUGACCAACCAAAAGUCGUCCUGCACUGUGAGACUGAGACAACAUGCGCGGGAACAGCAGCAGCUCAUUGCUUUUAAGAGCAAGACAGCCCUAAAACCAGUAGUUACACAGUCAUGGUGGAAUGAACCAUCUUUGCGGUAUGUUGAACAGAAAAACUAAAUGUGGGGACAGAUGAGACUUAGAUGAAGCUGCUGAAAAGAGACACAUUAUGGGACCUUUUAAGUAUUUCAACAUAGACUCAUCAGAAGAAGUGGAGCAGCCCAGCAACUCCAAUACUGAAGCGCCAAUAUUAAUGUAAUGCAACUAAAAGUAAUUAGUAUGCGUCCAACCUGAUCAUAUGAAUCAUUUGUUGUGCACUUUCAAAUGCAUCUACGCUGGUUUGUACUCCUUAAUCAUCUGGUCCUUUCUUUUUUUUUGUUCAAAGCCAUGUUCACGAGUAUUUAAUUAAUCAUUUUUGCUUCUGGGCUGGCUAUAAUCUAUGCUUCAAAGGCUAUAAGGCAAAAAAUUACUAAUGGAAAAUUAUCCCACUUAGAUGUAUAUUUUACCCAAUUACAGUGAAAGUUCAUAGCUAUUUUUAAAAAAGCUUUAGAGAAAUUAACUGAGUCUGACAGUUAAUCUUUGGAAAUGGUCAAACCUGCAGUGGGACUCAAGCCCGGAAACCUCAAGGUUAACAAAGAGCAUUUAGUUAGUUCAUUUAGCUAAUUCAACAGCAACAGAACAUCUCAGUAUGACAAAGAUCCCUUCUCUCUGCUCACUCGUCUUCUAUCCAUGUCACUAUCUCCAUAAUCACCUUCAAUAAGUCUGUUACAUCUGAACAGCAGCCCAAGUGAGCAAUCCCUUUAUCUCCUCUGGGUGUACCUCUGCACCGGUGUGUCUUUGUUCAUGGUUUUGAUGUAUAGUUUCUGUGAUAAUCUUGUGUUUGAGUAUGGAGGUACUUGUUUACCUACAUGGGGGACUGGACCAGGCUUGGAUACUAAAACUGAUCUACAUGCACAGUCAGCAUUCCCUUUGCUUAGCGGCAUUAGGAACAGGAGGGCUGUUUGACUGUCCUUUGGGUUUUGAGUGAAGUCUUCUUGUCAGGUGUAAUUUACAUUAAGAGUCUUCUUUUGGUUGUAUUCAUUUCUUUGAUUUAACAGCUCACACAAGCCCCUCUGUCCUUGUGGUUUGCCUCACUCCUUUUGUUGUACUGAAUUCCAAAAUUCCAUUGGUAAUAAAUAACUUUAUUUUAGGAAAAACACCCCAUUCAGUGUUGCUUCCUUUUCACUAACAAAUUGAAUCAGUCAUGAACCAAACACUGGACAACUACAAAUUUGGAUGUAAUUGUGUUGCUAGAUAAAAAUCAUUCAGAGGAGAAAAUGAUAUUUGCAAACCAUCUAGCACCAGAGGGUAAAUCAGGGCAUCAUUGGGACUCAUCAUCUGGGAACCAUGCAUGUUUGUAGCAAAUUUGGUGCCAGUCCAAUAAGACUUUAACCUGAUGGUGCUCAAGAAAAAGUUAGGGAGAUGCCAUAGCUGUCAAAGUUCAUUUUAAGGACACUAUGAAUAUAAAGUAUGUGUCGAAUGUUGUCAAAACUCAUCUGUUAGUUAUUGAGAUAUUGUGUGGUGGACCAACAUGGGCAUCCCUAUGGAGUAAUGCCGCUGAGUGUGGACAGAAAUGGCCAAUGACAUUGUGGUCAUUCAGUCAUAUAUAAAACCCAAGAUCUAGUAAAAAGGUGAUAGUGCUUCAGAACUUGAACAGUAUAUCUGUAAUAUAUUUAUCAACCCAAAUACACUGAUAUUUGCAAUAGGUAACUUCUUUAGCCGUCUUUUGACCUAUAUCAAUGUCCACAAUGUCUAUAGACGUUGUCCUACAAAAAAACCCCUCUUUUUAUCCAUAUCCAGUGAAAGUUUUAGUUGAGCGAGCUGACAGUAGAACAACAAAAGUGGACUGUAGCUAAUGAGACGAUCCACAGAUAAACAAAAUCAGAUCAUCUGCAUAACAAUUAAUAUUCCUUCCAUUUUCAUUGCAACCAAAAAUGGAUAUAAAACGCUGAGGCGCUCCAUUAGGCUACUUUGAACUUUACUUUGUCACAUUCAGUACUACGUGAGAAUUGCUAAAUCAGCCAGCUGCUAGAUCAGAUAAACAUAUAAAACAACCUCUGCUUCUGCAAGGCAUUAUCAAAAGAAUCAAAGGCUCUGCUGUAAUAUCAAUCAUUUUGACUUCUGUGAACCUAUGCCUUUCAUCGCACUGUUUUAGUUGAGCUAUACCAUAAUUAUCAGCUAAUACACUCAUUUGAACAUGAUUAGACAUUAUUAUAAGUCUGCUAUAGGCUGACAAUGUCUCUAUUGUUUUGCACUGCAUUUUAUUUUCACAGUAUCUUCACAGUUUCCUCCCCGUCCCACACAUCGGGGACAAAAAGGGGAAACACCCAAAAACACCACACAGUUCUCAUAAACCGGCCCAUGUUGGCUGACUUUUUCGUGUUAGUAUGUGGUUUGUUCAUCAGUGAAGUCCUGUUGCUGUUUUACAUCUGCUUUUUUUAGUCCGCUCUACUGACAACACCCACUGUCCCAUUUUCCCCUCGCAUCUCUGGUUUUGUUCGAAGCAGCCAAACAACAGGAUCUCCUAAUUCCCUCCAGUCUUAGUAAAUUUAGAGCAAGGACUACUCUCCCUGAAUCCAACUUCUAUUAUCAUCAUCUGUUUCUCUUUCUUCUUCCCUUUCCUUUCUGGCUUUAUGUUUUUCAUCUUCCCUUCGUCUCUCAUCGCUGUUCCACUUCACUGCCAGCUGGGAGUGUUUUGUGUGACAGCUAAACUGUAGGUGUGGUGUGCAGGUGGGGGUGGUAAACAGUCUGUCUGGCGGCUGCUGAUAAAUGUGUCCGCUCUGUCUUGGAGUUACAUGAUGGCCUAAAUAGAAAGAUGACCUAUUGGAAGAAAAAAAGACUUGGAAAGGAAUCAUGUAUUCACCAAUAAAGACAAGAUGAGAACAUCACGUUUUAUACCACAUCUGCAACUUCUAACAUAUACAUUUAUUGCUUUUCUGCUUCAUGAAAACAGGCCAAGGACAUGCAUACACUCAUACCCACAAUAAAAUUGUUUUGCUGCAAGUAGGAAAGGAAAAUCAUACAUAUUUCCCUGACCUUCUGUACCUUUCCUCACCGACAGUCCACCUCUCUGGCUCUACCUCUGCUCUUCAUAUCCGCCUCUUCCUGCAGGUUUGCUCUUUUCCUCAGAUAAAUCUGCCAGCCUCACCUUAGUUAGUCCCCCUGCUACAAUUGCAGCCAGUCAGACAGACACAAUCAAACAUAGUGACAUGCUGACAUUUGCAGUUGGUGGCUGAGUCUGGAGGUCUGCAGGGAGAAAGGUCAAGGCUUUUCCUCUGACCUUGACAUGUCCUACUUCUGCAGCUCAACACCUGUUGACCAGAGCUUAUAAGAAGGAGGUCAGUUGGCCUUGCAGACAAUGCGAUAACUCCUGAUUCUUACUCACGGUUAAUCAACUGUGUCACCAGGCAACGAAAUAUAAAAAAAAAAAAAAAAAAAAAGCUAGAAAGCACAUUUUACAGUGUUGCUUAGCAACAAAAUUUGAUUUGAAGUAGUGAAAACAUAAUCAUUGCAAGCUUGAAAUAUAAUCCGGACUCUGCAGUGUUGCAGUUUUUAGGGUAAAGGAUUUGAUGAUGUACAGCACAGCAAGUGACUCUGACUCAUCAGUAAAAAGGUUAAAGAGGAAGACGAAGCUAGAGAGAGUGUGUGGAUUCAAGUAUGCUAUGGAGACGGCGUAAAUAUGCCUGUAGGGAAAUUUAUAGAAUGACACAAACUAUUUUAUGUUUCUCACAGUGAGAAACGCAGAAAAUUAAUGAACAAUGUGCUUCUGCAUGUGGUUAUACAGAACAUAAAUGUAAACUGACCUCUUGUUUUUAUUGGUCUUGUUGAAUUUGAGUUCUAAAAGCUGUAGCUACAUUUCAUUACGCAAAAAUAACACAUAACCUUGCACCUUAAACCAAUUUAAAUGCUAAAUGUCCUACAGAGAGAAAUAUGUUCACCCCAGCUUUCCCUGUGCUCCUGUAACUCUCCCCCUGUUUCCCCAUAAUGGCCACAUUUCCAGGCCAGUUUGACUUUUGACAUAUUACCUCCAUCGAAGCAUUACUCACCCAAUCUGCUCAGCACCCCCAGCUCUGUCCCACCCUCCUCAGCUUCCUCCCUCCUUCCUCCCCCUCUCGCUGGGUUUAUAAGUCAGCACCAGCAACAGUUGGCUCAGUGAGACGAGCUUUACAUAAAGUCAAGGGGGGCGAAUAAGAAAAUAGAGAGCAGCUGGAGGGUGCAGUAGCAAGGAAACUGGGUCACAAAAUUUCCUGAUACAUGCAUUGAAACCUAACAAAUAUCAAAGAAACAACGCGCAUUAGGGCUCCAUCAUGCAUGUGUUGGAGAUGUGGCGGGUGCUCUGCAUGCUUGGCAUCAUGGCUUCUUCUCUGUGUGUGAAUGAGGUUGAGUAUGAAGGGAACUACGCAGACAACUAUGACAACGAGAUCUCUCAGGACCAGCAGGAGGGAGAGUCUCCAACCACGCCAUGCAAUGCAGAACUCUCACGCUGGGACAAGCUUUUCAUUGCUCUGGAGGACUCCCACAUGAGACAGAACAUGCUGCUGGAAUCUAUGGAGCAGUGCUGUGGAGGAAUGUUCUCACUGAGGACGCAGGUGGACAAGCUGGCCAAGGGGACGUGCCAGCAGUGUGUACCCAGCCUGGAAUCAGCGUGCAGGGCACAGGCAGAGCAGGCGAGUCUCAGGCUUCAGCGGGGCCUGGUGGAGCUCAGAGAGGAGGAGGUAGAGAGGGAGAGGAGGUUAAAUGCCACCUUACAGAUGCUCCUGCGCAACAGCCAUGAGGAGAAUGCCCGGUUGAAGAGGCUGGAGGAAGCGUUGCCAUCGGGACCAGCAGACGGCCGGAUGGGACACCAGCCAACCGUGAGACCUGGAGGUUUGGGAGCAGCGUUUGGCUUGGGGAUGAAACCGUUCCCAUCUGGCCUGAAGGAGCAGGAAGUGACUUCACCACUGGACAUGGCCACAAUGGAAGGGGCUCUGGUUGCCAUAGCAACACAGCUGCAGAGGAUUCACCUGCAGCUGAGCAAAGUGAUAGAGCAGGCAGGAACACUGACGAAGAACAGAGGAGACACAUGAAUUGCCCAGAGGGGAAGCAUAAUAACAAAAGAUUGACUGAGAACACUUCAUUAAUGCUAAUCAUUUUGCACGUCUUUUUUUUAUGUUUCUGUUUUUUCAAGAACCCUUUUUAUAGCUGAGCUUGUUUUUGUCUGGUGACAGUGAACUUAAAUGUACCAUAAAUGUUGUGGUUUGCUAUAAGAAAUAAAAGUUAUUUGAAUAAACCUAA